AUGCCCGCCAUUGCUCUGACUGUCAGCUACUCAUGCGGUCUUUACUUGCUUGGUGUCCUCUUUGGGCUGGUCACUGCUACUGAAAAGGCGGGCCUUUCUCCUGCACUGCACAGUGACGAUGAAUGUAUCGGCCCAGAGGGGAGCUGUGAACUUUCAGCUGUGCAGCGGCGUUCGCUGGCAGUACGCAACCGAGAGGUGCCUUUGUCCAACGACUCUGCGACGGCUUUGCAUGUGUCCAACACAUCAAAUAUUACGUUACCAGCAUCGGCAUGCGCAAGUGGUCGGCAAAUCCCAUUCUCAAAUCGUGGGCCUGGCAAUGAAUGCUUUGCAUCCAGUCUGGGUGAUGAGUGCGAAUAUGCGUGCAAUGAUGGCUAUAUCGGUGUCGGACGGCAUGUUUGUCAGACAAUCUACAUCGAAAAUGAGGCUGUACAGGUCUGGAAGAAUAGUUCCUUUUUCGGCGGCAACUGUUGGCGACUGUGCUCGGAUUCUCCGACAUGCACUGGGCAAGUGCCUCUGCGGGUCAACUCCUCUGAUAGCAUGGGCCCGUGCAUGAAGACCACCUGCUUUGCCACGCCCAAAGAUGCGUUCAUGAACGUUGCCCGCGGGAAUUACGAAAUCUGGAAGCUUGCACGUGAUGAGGUAAGUGGUUGCUAUGCGGACCACGUGGACCUCGACACACAGGAGGCACACUUGGGCUCUUCAGAUUCGACUGGCAUGGGUUUGGUCAUGGAGUGCGUUGCAGAUGCCAUGGGCUGGAUCUCCCGCGAGGAAUUUCUGAAGCGCAUCAACCGCACACUUUCAUCCUAUGCUGGAAUUCCACCGCCAAAUCAGACCUGGAAUUUCAAGCGAGGUCCCAGAGGCUGGGUUCCAAGGUUCUACGACAUCCGCAGUGGAGAUUUGCUCGCCGAGGGGACCGAGGAGGAGAUUGGAAAGACAUGGUCAGUUAUGUCCACUGGUCUUUUCUACUCAGGAGUUCUUUUUGCGCAGACCUAUUUGGAGAAUAUUGGAGCAAACAAGAAAUCGCCCCUGGCUGGUUAUAUCAUUGAUCUUGCUGCCAGGAUGAUGAAUAUGGUUCAGUGGUCUCGCAUGAUGUGCUUCCAAGCGUUCAAUUCAACAGCAGUCGUGGAAGGAUACAAUGGCACUGGCAUUCCGUUCCUCAUGGACAGCGAUGGCCAUUGCCAAGCCAUCAUGUGGCCAGAGGCCGAUGGCUACUACCCCUUCAAUGAAGAGAUCACGGCGGACUGGAUAGCUACAGAAGUGGUAUGCUUCCAGAAGAACCAAGUCCCAUGCUCCCGCCCGGCCAUGAUAGAAAUGUGGAAGCGAGUGAUUGGAAGAGCAUCGCAUCCAAAUGUGAAGAUUGACGGCUAUGACAUUUUGUCGGAUUGGGCCGCAUAUGUUGUACAGCUCCCAUACUACACCGUGAACGUGGUGAAUUCGAAUCCAGUCUUCCAGCAAAUGUUCAAGAAUGGAUGGCUAGCAGACUGGGCUGACUACAACAGCAGUGUUUUCUACGGUGGAUCGAAUCGGUAUGGGAUGGGGGCAGGCCCAGACAUGACUUGGUGUUCUGGCGCGACAUACUUUGCGGACAAGUACACAAUGGAUCCCAAGAAGGCAAAGUGCCGCACUUGGAGCCCAUAUUCCGUUGCUGGCUGGCUUCCUGCCGCGCCCGACACAAUUCAGGGGCAUUUGCUUGAGAUGCUUUGGACUGGGGAGUCUGUCCUAAACUACCCUGGAACGGACUACCACAUUCUUUGGCGGAAGUCACUGAUUGAUCCGGCCAUGAAUUGGAGCUCCUACGUAACCACCAUUGACAUUGCUGGGGAGCUCUUCGGCCUCAGCACGUUAUUUCUAGGUGUCGAUUUCUACCGAGAACAUAGCAAUCACUUCACCAAAAAGAAAGGCUUCAUGCCGAUCACAGAGCCUGGUGACAAUACCUCUGCUUCUUUGUACAUGACUGGGGCUUCCCGUCACCUGAGCUCGAAGUCCGUUUGA